AUGUCGAAUAAUUCUGGUCGAAAGUCGGAAUUUAUUCCGGCAGUUUAUACGCGAUAUUUUGAACGAUCAGAAACUCCGAAAUCUUCUCGUGGCCAUAUUUAUUUUAAUGAAAAUCAUGAAGAAUCGUCGAAAAAUUACCAGAUAAAGCGAGAUCUUCUAUUCAAACGUUUGUUUCCAUCAAAAUAUGCUGAGUCAAAUGUUAAUAAUACUGAUAAUGAAAAUGGCACUCAAAAUGAAAAUAAUAAUUCAUUAAAUAGAACCAAUGAAUCCUUAGGUGAUUUUAUUCCUCUUUCGGAUAGUAAUUCAUCAACAUUAAAAAGAAAACAACCAUCACCAUCACUAGAAGCAAACUUUAAUUUUUCAAGCUCAGAUGAAAAUGAUGAAGAUUCAUCAAGGGAAGAACAACUACCAACAAGUACACAUGCAUCAAUUGUUGGACAUGUUCAUCCGCGAGCAACAAUAGAAAAUGUUCGGAAGGUUUUGAUACGUGAACUAUAUCAACGAACAAGCGAUUCACAUACCGAAUGGCUCAAAUGUAAAAUGAGUUUAUCAAAAGAAUAUAUUAAUCCGAAAUAUUAUGCUGACUUUCAACGACGUUACCAACGAGAUAUGAACAAACAUACACCAAAACGGAAAAAAACCAGUUCUAUAAGUAAUAAACUAGAAAAUGGUUAUUAUGUUCAUGAUUUAACUAAGAAUGAUGAAUCAACAGCAACGAUACAAUUAAAUGAUACGUUAGAUAGUGAUUAUAUCAUAGAAACUUCACCAAUCAAACCAGUAAAAAAAAAUUCAUCAUCUGCAUCUAUCAUUCUCAUAAACGAUUCACCUGUUCAAUCCAAAUGUACACCUGAAUUUAUUAUUCUUGAUUCGGACGAUGAUGACACUGAUAACAAUACACAUGAUCGUCUCAGUCAAGAUAAGAACUCUACAUAUUUUAUUGAUCGAUCAUCAAUUUCUUCUGGAGCUAUGUCACAACCAAAAUCAACAUCUCAUGAUGAUUAUCACGAAGAUGAUUCGAAAUAUGCUCAGUUACCUUCCCGUAACACACCAUCUGAGCCUACUAUACGUCCUAUUAUAAGUAAACAUCAACGACGAAAACAAAAUAGUUCUCUAAAUUCUACUCAACCACUUGUGUCAGCAAUCGACCGAAUAAUGGACCAAAUCGAUCAAUCAAAUCCAUUGGAAGAUUCAAAAGAUUUUGAAAAACAAAAUCUUCUAAUAAAACAAAAUAAAAAACGAAAGAAGAAAAAGAAGAAAAGACUUAAUAAUACAACCAGCAAUUAA